GAGUGGAUCCUCCCUCACCCCGGCCCAGGAGCAACCCCGGAGAGGCCCAGAAACAAAAUCCCCGCCCCUUUCCCUUCCUCCCCGCCGCCAGGUUCCGGAGGCAGUCGAGGUCCCACCCUCUACCCUCAAAAAACCGCCGCGCCCGGCAGCGGCAGUUAGCUCUACCCUUUCUCUUCCUCCUACUCUUUCUCAGGGAGGGGGAGGCGGCGGUACCAAGCAUGCGCAGCGAUCGAAGAACCCCUCCCCGCUCCGCUCUCGCGAUGUUUCCCUACAGAAGCCUCCGGUGACGGGUAGCGGCAUGCACCAGAGUGUCGGGGGCGGAGUCGGGCAGGGCCGGCGUGUUUGUGUGAAGAAGGAGCAAGAGAGGCCCGCUCGGUCCGCCCGCCAGGUGCGCGCCGCCCCAGUGCACUGUGGGAUACCGGAAGUCUCGCAGGAGCGUCUCCUCCUCCCGCCUCCUCUCCAGUCCCCCACACCCACCUCCUCCUCCUCCUCCUCCUCCUCGUCGGUCCGACGCGCGCCCCCGCGCCCGCGCCCCCACCACCACAAGCCCGCCGUCCCUCCCUCUCCCUCUUCUCCCUGCCUCCCUCCCUCCUCCCCUCGCGAUAAGAAGACCCGGCAGCAGGAGAGGGAGAUGAAGAUGGCGGACGCGAAGCAGAAGCGGAACGAGCAGCUGAAGCGCUGGAUCGGCUCCGAGACAGACCUCGAGCCACCCGUGGUGAAGCGCCAGAAGACCAAGGUGAAGUUUGACGAUGGCGCCGUCUUUCUGGCCGCCUGCUCCAGCGGGGACACGGACGAGGUGCUCGAGCUGCUGCACCGCGGCGCCGACAUCAACUACGCCAAUGUGGACGGACUCACUGCCCUGCACCAGGCAUGCAUUGAUGAUAAUGUUGAUAUGGUGAAAUUUCUGGUGGAAAAUGGAGCAAAUAUUAAUCAACCUGAUAACGAGGGCUGGAUACCACUACAUGCAGCUGCUUCCUGUGGAUAUCUUGAUAUAGCAGAGUUUUUAAUUGGUCAAGGAGCACAUGUAGGAGCUGUCAAUAGUGAAGGCGACACACCUUUAGAUAUCGCUGAAGAGGAGGCAAUGGAAGAGCUACUUCAAAAUGAAGUUAACCGGCAAGGGGUUGAUAUUGAGGCAGCCCGUAAGGAAGAAGAACGAAUAAUGCUCCGGGAUGCAAGACAGUGGCUCAAUAGUGGUCACAUCAGUGAUAUUAGGCAUGCAAAAUCUGGUGGUACUGCACUUCAUGUAGCAGCUGCUAAAGGUUAUACAGAAGUUUUAAAACUCUUACUACAAGCAGGCUAUGAUGUAAAUAUUAAAGACUAUGAUGGCUGGACACCUCUUCAUGCUGCAGCUCACUGGGGUAAAGAAGAAGCCUGUCGCAUUUUAGUGGACAAUUUUUGUGAUAUGGAGAUGACCAACAAAGUGGGUCAGACUGCCUUUGAUGUAGCAGAUGAAGAUAUUCUAGGAUAUUUAGAAGAACUGCAAAAGAAACAAAAUCUGCUCCAUAGUGAAAAGCGAGAAAAGAAGUCUCCACUAAUUGAGUCCACAGCCAAUAUGGAGAACAACCAGACACAAAAAGCAUUUAAAAAUAAAGAGACAUUAAUUAUUGAGCCAGAGAAAAAUGCAACUAGUAUUGAAUCUCUGGAGCAUGAAAAAGCAGAUGAGGAAGAAGAAGGCAAGAAAGAUGAAUCCAGUUGUUCUAGUGAAGAAGAUGAGGAAGAUGACUCAGAAUCAGAAGCUGAAACAGAUAAAACAAAACCUAUGGCAUCUGUUAGUAACACCAAUACCUCCAGUGUUCCAGCAGCUCCUGUAGCUGUCACAACACCUACCUUGUCUUCUGGCCAGGUGACACCUACAUCACCAAUUAAAAAGUAUGAUUUCAUUCCUCCUAUCAUUCCUGUGGCGGAAUCAAUAGAUCCUGCAUCAUGGAGGCAGGGGUUACGCAAAACUGGCAUUGUUCUUGUGCCCAGUAAGGGUGAAAAACUUCUGUUUCCAACGUCUACUAAGGUUUCUCCAAAAGAAGAGGAGCGGAAAGAUGAAUCCCCUGCUUCUUGGAGGCUUGGUCUUAGGAAGACAGGCAGCUAUGGUGCCCUUGCUGAAAUCACAGCCUCUAAAGAAGCCCAGAAGGAGAAGGACAUGGCAGGCGUUAUGCGCUCAGCAUCCAGUCCCAGGCUUUCUUCUUCUUUGGAUAAUAAAGAAAAGGAGAAAGACAAUAAAGGAACUCGACUGGCAUAUGUUACACCUACAAUACCACGACGUCUGGCCAGUACCUCUGACAUUGAGGAAAAGGAAAACAGGGAAACUUCAAGCUUACGAACAAGUGGUUCAUAUACAAGAAGAAAAUGGGAAGAAGAUAUCAAGAAAAACAGCUCAAUUAAUGAAGGAUUAUCAUCACUUGGCCCACCUUAUCAUAAAAGUUCCUUUGGUAGAAGACAAGAUGAUUUGGUUAAUUCUAGUGUUCCAAGCACCACAUCGGCACCAACAGUUACCUCUGCAACUGGGCUCCAAAAAGGCCAGCUUUCAAGCACGAGUACAACCACAAAGGUUGCAACUGGUUCUUCUCCAGCAGGCACACAAAGCAGUACCUCACAUCGUUUGUGGGCUGAGGAUAGUGCUGAAAAAGACAAGGACAGUGCUCCCACGGCAGUGACCAUUCCUGUUGCACCAACUGUUGUAAAUGCUGCCACUUCUACCACAGCCUUGACUACAACUACUGCUGGCACUGUGUCCUCAACAUCAGAGGUCAGGGAGAGACGCAGAUCAUACCUCACUCCAGUUAGGGACGAAGAGUCUGAAUCCCAAAGAAAAGCAAGAUCAAGGCAAGCAAGACAGUCUAGAAGAUCAACCCAGGGAGUGACGUUAACUGAUCUUCAGGAAGCUGAGAAAACUAUAGGAAGAAGUCGAUCAACUAGAACUAGAGAACAAGAAAGUGAAGAGAAAGAGAAAGAAGAAAAAGAAAAACAAGACAAAGAAAAGCAAGAAGAUAAAAAAGAGUCAGAUACUUCCAGGGAAGAUGAAUAUAAACAGAAAUACUCCAGGACAUAUGAUGAGCACUAUCAGCGUUAUCGACCAGUGUCAACUUCAAGUUCAACUGUUCCAUCAGCCUCUUCACUUUCCACCAUCAGCAGUUCUGUCUAUACUUCAAGUCAAAUAAACAGGCCAAAUAGUCUCAUAGGUAUAACAUCUGCUUAUUCCAGAGGUUUAACAAAAGAUAAUGAAAGAGCAGAUGGUGAAAAAAAAGAGGAAGAAAAAGAAGAAGAUAAAUCACAACAAAAAUCAAUAAGAGAACGACGACGACCAAGAGAAAAACGAAGAUCUACUGGAGUUUCAUUUUGGACACAAGAUAGUGAUGAAAAUGAACAGGAACAACAGUCUGAUUCAGAAGAGGGAUCAAAUAAAAAAGAAACUCAGACUGAUUCCUUUUCAAGACAUGACCCAGGUUCCACAUCAUCCACCGAGCGUUGUGAUUCUUUGCUGAGUCGAUCUGGGUCUUACAGUUACUUGGAAGAAAGAAAACUUUAUAGUAGCAGACUAGACAGAGAUGAUUCAACUGACUUUAAAAAGCUUUAUGAACAAAUUCUAACUGAAAAUGAUAAACUGAAAACCCAGCUACAUGAUACAAAUAUGGAACUGACAGAUCUUAAACUCCAGUUGGAAAAAGCCACCCAGAGACAAGAAAGAUUUGCUGACAGGUCACUUUUGGAAAUGGAAAAAAGGGAACGAAGAGCUCUAGAAAGAAGAAUAUCUGAAAUGGAAGAAGAGCUCAAAAACCUACAUCAAAUAAAGCAGAUUCAGACUCUGAGACAGUUACAUGAGCGACUGGUGACUGAGAAUAGGGCCUUGGCCAGAGUGGUAGCCAAGCGUUCAGGGUCCUGUAGGCAACUACAGGCUGUCAAGUUGUAAUUUAUAUGUGCUUCAUUUCUUCUUGGUAGAGCCAGAUGCUACCAGAUCUGAAAGCAGACAACCAGAGGCUAAAAGAUGAAAAUGGGGCCUUGAUCAGAGUUAUAAGCAAACUUUCCAAAUAAAAGAGAAGCAGCAAGUCAUGAUAUUGCACAUACUAGUCACCCCAGUGGACCAGAGCUGGCAGUCACUGGAUUCAUGGGAAAGAAUCCUUCGAGGCUGUCAUUUUCAAAUAUCCUGCCAAAUGCCCUCUUACCUGUGGGUUAUUUUAUGGGGUUUUCUUUUGGUUUGGGUUUUGGUUUUUUGGUUUUGCUUCAUUUUUGUACCAAGACCAUUGUUUCAUGUUAACGCAGCUGCUGAGAAGAUGAAAAUGACUGAGAAAUCUUGUUUACAGCUACAAUAUAUAUAAGGAAAGUGUUCAAGGCCAGACACGCCUCAGAUAUUUAACCAGUAAGCCUUAGUUGUACAUAAACACUUUUGCAUCAACAAAAGCUUUCAGCUCUCACAGAAGACAGUUACUCAACGUAUUUUUUUUUUGAUGUUGUGCCACAACUUCCAAUUUCCUUAUAUUCCAUUUUUUGUUGUUGUUUGAAACCUUAAGUUCGGAUUUGUCUUUUCUCUUCUAACUACUCAUGUGCCAGACUCCCUUCCCCCAGCCCUUGUACAGUGUUUCCACAGCUUUGUCAUUUGCAAAGAACACGUCUUCUAAAAUACAUCUUUGUAUAGUGAUAGAACAUUGUGUUGUUCACCCACCUGGAACAGAGAUCCUUGGUGUGGAACAUUUGCUUUCACUGUUUGUGCAAUAUGCAUUUAUUUCUUGUAUGAAAUGCUUUAAUGUCAGUUCAAAUGAGAAUUCCACAAAUCCUAUUUUCUGCUUUCGUUGGUCAUAUUUUUUGUUUGGGGUUUGUUUUUUUUUAAUUGUAGAGUAAGAUGUUGGAUACUGUAAUCUUCACGUUUAUUUUAGCAGGUACUGAGUGACGCUGUAUAUAUCAAUAAGUGUACUGUUUGAAUUUUUAAACUACCACAUGGCAUGCUUGACUUACUUCAUUAUUGCAAAUGUCUGUUCAUACAAAGUAGGCUCCUCCAGAAUAGUGUUAAAACAAAAUUUGCAAAAACUUUGUGGUAUCAAGAAUUUAAAUAUUAUGCAUUUUAUGGAGUCCUAUCUUUACAAAAGAUUUCUACUGUAGAGUAAUUUUCUUUCCAGUUUUCAUUUGAUAGUGUUCACCAUGAUUAAAGUUGCUUAAAUAUGAUUGCUUCACUACAUUUCACAUACCUAUAUUUAUCUGAGUGCUGUCCGAAACUGUUGUGCUAGCCAAAGUAAUGUUAUUAAAUCAUUUCCAAGCCUAAUCCAUUACUCAUAUUAAUGUUUGUUUAUAUGCACUGUUAUUGCCAUGUGAAGGGGCAUCUAAUUUGAUACCACCACCAUCAUGUCAGACCAUUUUGUACAUUUCAGUGGCCUUUUUCAGAAAAACAAAAACAAAACAAAAAAGAGUACUUAAGCAAAGAUGUCUUUUGUUAAGAGACAAACAGCUUUUAUAUUUUCAUUUAACCAUGUGAAAAUAUGACAUCUUACUGGCACAUAAUCUGUCUCCUAAAACCACUGAACAGUUCAGCCAUUAAAAUAAAUUGUACAUUGUAAAGCUUGAAGUAGCUGUUGUAUUAUUGAUUAUAUUGUAUACUAUAUUAAAUGUGAAUUUGUACCCCUUCAUUUAAAAAGGUCAUUGUGUUCAACUGCCUAAUUUAGGUUCUUUAGGGGGUGGGAGGCUGUUUUGGUAAAGCAGGACAUUAAGUCUUUCUGUUGAUUGGUUUUAUGAAGAUACAAGGUUAUGCUCUUACUACCAAGCUCAGGAUUCUUGAUUUUUAAAGGUACAAGGAUAGUUUGGGGAUUUUUCUUUUGUCAUAAUUGAACUGUAUGAAAGGUGGGUCUGAAUAUAGAAUUUUCAUGGUCUGAGGUGAAAUAUGCAGAUAACUGAUCAGUUUGAAUGGCUGCAACAUGUUAUGGUGUUGUACAACAGUUAGGCAUGCUGAGGAUUAUAUUUCGUGACGUUUGGAUGCCUGUGAAGAAUGAUUAAAUACGUGUUUCUAAUAUUUUAGUGUUUUGUAUUUAGGUUAUUUAUUCUUUGUAUCUAAAACUGAACGGCUACUGUGCUAUAUUGAUUUUAUUGGUAGUAUUGCGCAGACUUUGUUUCUGCAUGAAACUAGUUGCAAAACCCACUAUUUUGGAAAAAAAAUGUAUUUUGACAUAUACAAAUAAAAUAAAUAAAACUA